AUGGAGGCGAAAGGCAGAAACAUGCCCUCAGACAUCAGCUUCCUUCCCCGCCCAGCGAUGGUGUGGUGUGAGCGGGGCAUCCAGGUGCUGCUGACCACCAUGGGGGCGUUCGCGGCCUUCGCCCUGAUGACGGUGGCUAUCGGCACGGACUACUGGCUGUACGCCCGCGCCUUCAUCUGCAACAGCACGGCCAACUCGUCCCAGGACGACUCCAACAACAAGGACAAGAAGGACCCCGGGGCCCUCACCCACUCCGGCCUCUGGAGGAUCUGCUGCCUGGAAGGCUUGAAGCGAGGUGUGUGUUCCCAGAUCAAUCACUUCCCAGACGACGCCGACUACGACCAAGAUGCUGCAGAGUAUCUGCUGCGUGUGGUUCGAGCCUCCAGCAUCUUCCCCAUCCUCAGCGCCAUACUGCUCCUGCUUGGUGGAGUGUGUGUUGCUUCCAGCAGCUUCUACAAGAGCAAAAGGAACAUCAUUCUCGGUGGAGGGAUUCUCUUUGUAGCUGCGGGCCUCAGCAACAUCAUCGGAGUGAUCGUGUACAUCUCGGCAGCCCUGAGCGACAUCUCCCCCAAGAAAGACGAGGACAAGAAGUGGCACUACUCCUACGGCUGGUCCUUCUACUUUGGCGGCCUCUCCUUCAUCCUGGCCGAGAUGGUGGGCGUCCUCGCUGUCAACAUCUACAUCGAGAAGAACAAGGAGCUGCGCUGCCGCUCUCGCACCGACCUCUUCAAGAGCACCACGCACGCCGUGCUGCGGCUGCCCAGCUACCGAUUCCGACGACGCUCCCGCUCCAGCUCGCGCUCCACCGACCCGCCGCACUCGCAGGAGAACUCGCCCAUUGGCACGUCCAAGACCUUCAGCCUGCCGCCGUCUGCUCCACCCUUCUCUGUGGCCACCUUACCCAACCCUCACCACUCCAGCAGCGGCGGAAGCGGAGGAGGCGGCGACAUCUCCAUGUACACCCUGACGAGGGACUCCAAGAUGGGCAGCCUGGGAGGUGGCGCCCCACCUCUCUACGGCACGGUGGACCGCGCCACGCUGUACCAGCUCCACAACUACUUCCCAAAGGAUUCCAGCGGCAGUGGCGGAGGAGGAGGAGGAGGAGGAGGAGGAGGAGGAGGAGGUGGAGGUGGAGCGGUGAUAAGCGGCGGCACACUUCCAUCUCACUCCAAGUCCAACUUGGCGGCAGCAGCGGCUGUGGCCCAGAAUGCAGCACCGCUGAAUACCUCCACAUCGGCCGCCCCCACGGCCCAGACGGCUCCGAUAUCUACAGCCACCAUGGAGAGGGACCGGGGCAACAUGGGAACCCUGGACCGACUGACAGCCAAAAGGGACCGGGAUAGCAACUCAGAUACUCUGAACAGGAAAACUACGCCAGUUUAG